AUUCCACCUUACCGCGCGUAUGAGAUCUACACAAGGAUAGACAACAGCCACUACUUCGUCUUACUAUACGUGCCCAGUCACUGCACCUCUUUUGCAAGUGCAACAGUCUCCAAACCUCAGGCCAGCGGCAAUUGGGCACUCCAACGAUAGAGCACAAUGGAAGACAUCAGCAUUGGAAAUGAAAUCAAAGAUGGGUUCAAGAGAACAGACAAAUGGGUGAAAGCCAACAUCGGAUUCAUAAGCGAGAUGGAAUCCUUCUACAAGCAACGGGCUCUGAUCGAACGUGAAUAUGCAGAAAAGCUACAGAAACUCACGACCGAAUCGUUCCAAAAGGUCUCCAAGUUAAGUACAACCUUGAGUGUUGGAGAAGAGCCAACAAUCACUCCCGGCUCUUUAGAGUGUGCCAGUGUUGUUGCUUGGAAGGAGGUUCUGGUUCAAACUGAGAACAUUGCCAAGGAAAAGAGAGAGUUGGGUAGCAAUUUUGAGACCAACGUUGCAGCCAGUCUCAACAAGUUACAAAGCAAGUAUAGCGCAAUUAGAGAUCGUUGGAAAGGCUUUGAUGACGAGUUGACUUCCAUCAGAGAUAAGAACUACAGCGAGAUGUCCACCAAGAAGAAACACUAUGAUAGUUGUUGUGAAUCGAUGGAAAGCCAACGUUCGAAAUCGUUGAAAAGCUCUGGCGAGAGAGCACAAGAGAAGUUGGCCAAGCGAGAAUCAGAAAUGAAUAUAGCCAAAAAUGACUACCUCAUAACAAUUAGUGUCUGUAAUCGUCUAAAGGAUAAGUAUUAUUACCAGGAUACCCCGGAAUUAUUGGAUGGUCUACAGGACUUGAAUGAGGCAAAGGUCAGUAAGGUCAACAGUAUAUGGCUCUCCAGCUCCAUCCUGGAGAAGGAAUCCAAUGAAAAGAUCAGCAAAUUUGUAGAUGCUAUCGACGUUGUUGUGAAACAAAAUUUACCCAAACUAGACACAGCCAUGUUUGUCAAGCAUAAUAUGGCCAACUGGGUCGAGCCGGUUGACUUUAACUAUAUACCAUCUCAAAUAUGGCACGAUGAUGAGAAGAUGAUUGUCAACGAUGCAACACUAACAAGCUUGAAGAUCAAAUUGAAUAACGCAUGUUCAACUUACGAAACCUAUACAAGUAUUUGUAAUGAUGAGAAACAAUCUGUCGAGGAGUUGCUUGUUCAGAGAAAUAAGUUGGUUGGUGACACAUUUAAUGAAGUUCAAAUCAAGUCUCCGGCAGACUACCAAUGUUUUGAAGAUUUAUUAAUCAAAUCAAUUCAAAACUUGCAGAAGUUCACCAAUGAUGAUACCAAAAGAGUCAUGGCAGAAGUUGAGAUCGAGACAAUACAAGGUUCUACGGGCGAUAUAGAUAUGACAAUUACCACCCCUAUUAACAAGGAGAAAAAAUCGAAGUUUGGCUUUCUCAAGUUCAAGCACGAUCAAGAAGAAGAUGCAGAGCCUCGAAUCCAACAAUUAUCUGAAUCUGUAAACAAUAUUUCAAUCGAGCCUAGUAACAGAAAGGGAAGAAUGUUUAGCUCCUUGGGUAAACUAGUUGACGCAUAUAACACUCCGGUAAACCAGAGAGCUCCAUCGCUCAAUUUUUCAAACGGCGGUACUGGAUCCAUCUCAGCAUCUACUUCAACCCUACCUGCCGGUGGGGUUACAACUGCUACCGCGUUAUAUGCUUACGAAGUAACUGGGGACGACGAACUGCCAAUGGCUUCUGGUGAGACUUUCACAGUAGUUGAGUUGGAUGACGGAUCGGGAUGGACUUGUGUCUCCAAUUCAUCCGGAUCAGAAGGCCUUGUUCCAACCAGUUAUCUCAAGAUUGAGGAGCACAGACAGCAGAAGAAACAAGGACCUAAAGUUUCGCCACGUAAAAAUGCACGUUUGGUGAAAAAGAUGAAAAUUCUGUACGAUUAUGAGGCUCAGGGUGAUGAUGAGCUGACAGUCAAUGCGGGUGAUAUAGUCGUAAUAUUGAAUGAAGAUGACGGUUCUGGAUGGACCGAAGGAGAAAUUGAUGGAUACACAGGCCUUUUCCCAACCAGUUAUGGAAAAACCGUAUGACCUCAAUGUACCCAUGUAGUUAAAUACAAAAAUUGUGUAACAUUGUUAAAUAUUAAACGGUAAGCUACUUUUUUAUUUAUUCAUUGGUCGGAAAAACAUUCAGACUUGUCAUGCCGGCGGAAG